GGAGUGAUGAGAAACGGCGCCGUCGUCGACUGCUUUCCCAUCCCCUCCUUUACUUCUUUCAGUCUACGGAGUUGCAGAGAGAUUAAGAGAGAAGACUCAGAAGAAUUCGAAUGGGAACUUCAGUUCAGGUAACGCCGUUGUGCGGCGUCUACAACGAGAACCCGCUGUCGUAUUUGGUCUCAAUCGACGGCUUCAACCUCCUCAUCGACUGCGGCUGGAACGACCACUUCGACCCCUCCCUCCUUCAACCCCUCUCCAGGGUAGCUUCGACGGUGGAUGCAGUGUUGUUGUCGCAUCCAGAUACACUUCACCUCGGCGCGCUUCCGUACGCCAUGAAGCAGCUCGGCCUCUCUGCGCCCGUCUUCUCCACCGAGCCGGUUUACAGAUUAGGUCUCCUCACUAUGUAUGAUCAGUUCCUCUCUCGCAAGCAAGUAUCAGACUUUGACCUUUUUACACUGGAUGACAUUGAUUCUGCAUUCCAAAAUUUCACCAGAUUAACCUAUGCAAAUCACCAUCUUUCUGGCAAAGGAGAGGGAAUUGUGAUUUCACCCCAUGUGUCUGGGCAUCUCUUGGGCGGUACCGUCUGGAAGAUAACAAAGGAUGGGGAGGAUGUUAUAUAUGCUGUGGACUUCAACCAUCGAAAAGAGAAGCAUUUGAACGGAAUUAAUCAAUCAGCCUUCGUACGCCCUGCUGUUCUGAUAACAGAUGCCUAUAAUGCUUUGAACAAUCAGCCUUAUAGACGCCAAAAGGACAAGGAAUUUACAGAUGCUAUAAAGAAGACUCUACGAUCUGAUGGAAAUGUGCUAUUACCUGUUGAUACUGCCGGCCGGGUUAUGGAACUUGUCCAGAUAUUGGAAUCGUGUUGGACAGAGGAAAAUUUGAACUAUCCCAUCUUCUUUCUAACAUACGUUGCGUCUAGCACAAUCGAUUACGUAAAAAGUUUCCUUGAGUGGAUGAGUGAUGCGAUAGCAAAGUCCUUUGAGAAAACACGUGAGAAUGUUUUUAAUUUGAAGCGAAUCAGACUUCUAGUUAGCAAGAGUGAACUUGACGAUGCUCCUGACGGUCCCAAGGUUGUUUUAGCAUCCAUGGCCAGUUUAGAAGCUGGUUUCUCUCACGAUAUAUUUGUAGAAUGGGCAAAUGACCCCAAGAAUCUUGUCCUUUUUACAGAACGAGCCCAGUUUGGAAGUUUAGCUCGCAUGCUUCAGGCAGAUCCGCCUCCAAAAGCUGUUAAGGUUACCAUAUCCAAAAGGGUCCCUUUGGUUGGUGAGGAGCUAAUUGCUUAUGAAGAAGAGCAGAACAGAAUAAGAAAGGAAGAAGCUCUAAAGGCUAGUCUUGUAAAAGAGGAGGAAUCAAAAGCUUCUCAUGGGGCUGAUGUCAACACGAGUGAUCCAAUGAUCAUUGAUGCUAGUAAUACACAUUCUUUGCCGGAUGCAGCAGGUCCACAAGGCAGUGGAUACCGGGACAUUUUAAUAGAUGGAUUUACUCCUCCUUCUACCAGUGUUGCCCCUAUGUUUCCCUUCUAUGAGAAUAGUACCGAGUGGGAUGACUUUGGUGAAGUUAUAAAUCCGGAUGAUUAUGUCAUAAAGGAUGAAGACAUGGACCAUGGAGCUAUGCAUGUUGGUGGUGAUAUGGAUGGAAAACUUGAUGAAGGCUCUGCUAGUUUGAUACUUGACACGAGGCCUUCAAAAGUUGUAUCGACUGAAUUGACCGUUCAAGUGAAGUGUUCAUUGAUUUAUAUGGACUUUGAGGGCCGUUCCGAUGCAAGAUCCAUCAAAUCAAUUCUUUCCCAUAUGGCUCCUCUAAAACUUGUUUUGGUUCAUGGAACAGCUGAGGCCACGGAACAUUUGAAGCAACACUGCUUGAAACACGUUUGUCCGCAUGUUUAUGCUCCUCAAAUUGAAGAAACAAUUGAUGUUACUUCUGAUUUAUGCGCUUAUAAGGUGCAAUUGUCUGAGAAGUUAAUGAGUAACGUGCUCUUUAAAAAGGUUGGAGAUUACGAAAUAGCAUGGGUUGACUCUGAGGCAGGAAAGACAGAAAAUGAUAUGCUAUCUUUACAACCCCUCUCAAACCCACCUCCACCACAUGAAUCUGUCCUUGUUGGUGACUUAAAAAUGGCUAAUUUCAAGCAAUUUCUUUCCGACAAAGGUGUUCAGGCUGAAUUUGCUGGUGGCGUGCUGAGAUGCGGUGAAUAUGUGACACUACGCAAAGUUGGGGAUGCAAGCCAUAAGGGUGGUGGUUCCGGCACCCAACAAAUUGUGAUCGAAGGCCCCUUAUGUGAGGAUUAUUACAAGAUUCGGGAGUAUCUCUACUCACAAUUUUAUUUGCUUUAAGUAGAGAUGCAUAAUCUGUAACGCUUCUUGACGAACUGUAAUUUAAACGAGAUGUUAAUUUCCAGGGAUUUCAGGGAACACGGUAGAGUUUUAAUUUAAAUGCGGGACGUGUUUUCCGCUGCAGUUGUCAUUGUGUUCAUGCUUGAUGGAAAUCUUUCGAAACACAUCGGCAGUUCCUCUUUAUUUUUUGUCAAUACAAGUUAGCAUGAAUUAAGGAAA